AUGGACAACCGCAUCAAUGUGAAGACCCGCGCAUUCAAGUGCUAUUGCAUACCUGUGAUGGCUUACUAUGAGAACGACAGGACAGUUCCCGAUAACCAUCUUUGUCGCCCCGACCUCCCUGCAGGCUGCCCUCACUGUGCUGUCAUCAAAUCAAGUAUCUGCUGUGAAAUAUGCUCUCCUGAUUCACCCCACUUCAAGGUAGUACCAUACAACAGCGAGAAACCUGCUGAAUUGAUGUCUACUCAUGCCUCCCACAUUCCGAGAGAGUACGUGAUGGUGCCCACGGAUAUCAAGUUUUGGAAGGCCUUGAACAAGUAUUAG